UUUACUGAUGUUAAUGCCAGAGCGGAUGACCUGAUUGAAGUUGCAAUUCAUGAUCGAAUUAAUCUUUACUUUUCAAACACAUGUUGUAGUUUCUUCUUCUUUAAUCCAUUUCUUUUUUCUUCGUUGCUCAUAAUAGACAAUGGCAACCGACGUCAAACAACCGCAGGACGGCAGCUCCAAAAAGCUGGCCUUUGAGCCCAAGUCACAGCACACAUCAGAUGAAUUCCUCCAAGACUUUCUCAACCCUUCCUUCGACCCAAUCUCAUACAUCAACGCCAGCUUACCGCCGCUGGCUCAAAAGGCACCAGUGCCGUCGAAUCACAAUGCCGUGCCCCUUGCGGAACUCGCCACGCAGGCCCAGACGCUUCUGUCGCAGCUGGAUGCUCACACGACGAGGCUGUCGGACACGCUGACGCAGAUCACCGAUGAUAUCCUCAGGAGUGGAAGCAGGAUGUCUUAUGAGGUGGAGAUGCUGCGAGGCGAGGCGCUGAGUCUGGAGGAGCUGCUGUUUGAGAAGCUGGCUGACCAGAUCAGCAUGUUUGUGCCGGGAGGGCUGCAAAAGGAGGGCGAGACGAAAGAAGAAGAGGAGAAGCCAAAAGAAAAGAAGAAGCCCAUGGAAGAUGGUGGAGACGAAUCUGAGGCGAAAGCAGUUGCGAAACCCGAAGCUCAAGCGGCCGGUGCUGAGGGAUUGGAGCCCGAGUCUAUCAAGCAGCUGCGGACGCUCACCCUCGUCCGUGAGCGCCUGGAUUCCGUCAUCAAGAUAUUCGGCGACGCCAUGGAAUUCACCUUUCCGCCAUCGGAAGUAUCCGUUAGUUCAGGGUUUCUGUCUGUCUCUGCGCCAGAGCCUGGAUCAGACCUGCAGAGCUCGGAGGAGAAGGGCCAGCAAGUUCUCAAGAAGCUACGAGACGAGAUAUCGACAUUGCUCAACAACAAGCAAGACCCCGUCUCGGGCAUUGAGAAGGCAGCGGAGAGAAUCGAGCAGCUUAAGCAGUUGACUACAGUGUGGAAUGGCACAGCGGAAGAGAGGGGCAGGACCAAGUUUAUCGAGAGCCUGGCUAAGAUGGUGGAGGACAGGCACCGCGAACUACUAAAGGAGAUUGAUACGAAGAGGAGCGAGGGUAUUGCGUCGAGGCAUGAGAGAAGCGGUAGCAGUGGCGUGACGACGAGGGAGGUUGCCAUGGCGGAGGAGGCAAAGGCGCUGCCGGGAGGGUUUGGGCUGAUGAGCCAGCUGCAGAAAUUGCGCGGUGGCUUGUGAGUUUAUGGAAGAGUGUUUAUUCAUACAUGAUAUGUGUAUAUCUAUAUUUUCUCUUUGGGAGAUCCAGACAUUAUGAGAUACGAAAAAUGGACGAGGUAUCUUAGACCACGACAAUCUGGGAUGAAUACAUUAGUCGUAUGUAUGACACGAUUUCACCCCAUUGUAGCUCCUUCAAAGAGCAAAUUAAUUACUAUUUACUCCAUCA